ACAAAUUGAAGAAACAGAGCGUCGUCUUUAAUCACAAGCAAAAUGCUUUUCACUUUUAAACCAUAGCGAUUAUAGUAAAGUGAUCAUCUAUAAGCGAAAGUGGAAAGGCACAAGUAAGACCCUGAGAUUCUUGUUUUCACAGUAGGGUAAGUGCCGUGCGCGCACCCGAUUGAAAGUUUUUCACGCACAAAGCACUAAACUUUGAACUUUUCGUCCGUCCGUCCGUCAAACAAUUUACUCCCAUUAAUUUACCACAUGCAUCUGUUUUACUCACCGGAGUUACUUUUUGUCACGACUUUCUUUUUAAUUAUAAGCGCUUCACCACCUACUCCAGACUGUGACGUCACGGCCAGUGGUUGAGAGCAGCGUCGGAAGUGCGAGCACACCAGUAAAACAACACCAUCUUUUUGUGUAGAAGCACUUGUGUGCUGUGUUUCACUGACACGCAACCUGAUGCCACUAUCCUUGCCCGCGUUAUUCCAAAUGAGCUGCCGGCUUCCUCGUCAUCACAUUUAGGCUCUAAUUAUGUCAUCUCUCAGCUGGAACGCACCCACAGCGUCAGGAUGCUAACAUGCAGGAUAGCAUUUUGGUACAACGCAGUAAACUUCACCAAGAAAACCACAGGUCGUCCUGACAGAUGUAAGAGACGAGCUGUACAAGUUUGUAGAUAAGUUACAAACUUGAACAAAGUGUACAGCGCAGCUGUCUAAGCAGACCGGAAGUGUUCGCCUGAUGAUACAUUUCAUUGAGCCCGCUGAUUUCUGGAUAAGAGGAACUCAUCAAGAUGAGGAUUUUCAAAAGAUAAAAUCAUUUUACUGUUCUUUUAAAAAAUGUAUCCAAAUGAAUUAACAGAAUUGAUGGAACUAGAUUUUUUUUCUCGCUAGGAGACGUUUUUUGUUACUGAGUAACAGGCACACCUGAUAAUGCCUGAUGAGCCUUGGGUUGGAUCAUGGAGGCCCCACAGACCACGAGGGCCCAUAGCUGCACUCUAUAGCAGCCCGGGCCCAAAGUAUGCACUGCCUUCAUUAACAGGAUCUAGUAAACAUGAUCCUACAAAAUACAAAGCACCAAGUUACAGUUUUCGGGCAAGCUAUGACAUAAGCAAACAAGACAACUCGCCCGGACCGAAACACCUCAUCCCCUCAAACAUUACCAAAAAUGGCAGAGAUGGAACGCCAGCAUUUUCAUUUGGCAGCCGUCCAAAAGAUCUGGCGCGUGAUCAAGUCCCUGCACCAAACCGCUACCACCUUGAAAAUGCAGACAAGUACACAUAUCACUCUUCUCCUUCGUAUACUUUGUCUGGGAGGUGGAAACAAGUUGUAGAGAGCAACCAGACCACACCUGGUCCAGCAUCCAACAUGCUGCCGCCUGUGUUGGGUCCUAAAACAGUCAAUAUACCUGCAGCGCCUGCACACUCACUUUAUGGUCGAGGCAAAAACGGAAACACUUUCGAAGACUACACAAAGUCUCCGGGCCCUGCAGCAUAUCAAGCCGUGGACCCCAAAAUCUACCUAACAAAAUCUCCUCAGUACAGCAUGCCGAGUCGCAAGUUUAUACCUGAAAAUGCUACAAGGACACCAGCACCUGGCGUAUACUGUCCAGAGAAGGUCACCACCACACACUCCAAACCUCCAGCCUUCACGUUUGGAUUACGCCACUCGAAAUACACCAUAUGCCCCAUUAUGGAUGUGGAUAAAUAUCAACAGUCAUUUUCCUUUGUUUGAACCGGACAGUAUCAGAUAACGCCAUCCAAGACAGCUAUUGGGAUUUAUUGCUGAGAUCCCAAGAGUUUUGAAGGUUCAUGACCUCUAACACUAAAUCCCAUCCAGGACGCCACGCAGGGAAUCCAAGGUUGUCUGUUAUGUGGCUCACAGAUGAUCGUCCAGCACCGUGUCCUACUUCACUAACUUGUGUUGUCAAUGGUGUCAGGAAAAUCUUAUAACAAUGUGUUGCACAAUAUUUUUUAAUAAAAUAACAACAAUGAAAGUCAUUUUAUAGUUUAG